AUGACAGUUUUAUGUUAUUUGUUAUCACUAUCAUUCAUUUUUGAGCUGCAGCUCUUUCAAUUCGUAGCACUAUUUUGUCUCACACAAAUGCUGCGAGAAGACGCUUUGGGAUCUCAAUCUUUGGCACUUGAAUUCCUUCGUAUUGGUAUGCUACGAUACAUUCUGGAAUCAGUGGCAGAUAUUAAUUUAAGCGGAUUCGAAACUAAUGAUAUUCUUUCUUUGGAACAUUGCAAUAUUAUAUUGAUUUUGUUUAUUCGGCUCGGACUUACAAGUUGUGGUUGGAAUGGUCUGCAAGAUGUUAAUGCUUUGCAAGUGUUAGCAAACAUCCCUUUAUGGUCUGAUCCACCGAAAGAUUUGUUUCUUGCAUCUAGUUUUGACUUGAAGACUCGUAGCGUUCCUGCACUGUAUAUGAAUUAUGUUACAAACAUAGUAUAUCUUUGUAUCGCAUUAUGUUCGAAUUCUCAUUGGAAAAGGAUCUCAUUCCAAGUUCUUAGACUGUUAUCAUGCAGUGCCGACGUACUGAAUCAUUUGAUAAGAACUAAUCGGCAAAAUUCGUUUCUUAAGAAAUGUGGCAUUCUUGUUGCACACAUAUAUCACUUUGAUGCUCCAACUCGGCCGUUCAUUGAGAAAUCAAGCUGCUUAAAUGCUCUAAGAAAGUUGUCCGGUAAGAUGUCAUUGUCUUCUUCAGCUCAUUUGAAGGCCGCUUUCAACACUCCACGUCAUCUCUUCAAUAACACCAGUUCGAUCAUUAAUUGA